CUUCCGUUCCCCGGGCGCGUGCGCCCUCUUAUUCGGCUCUCCUAGGUUUCCUGGGGUCCUGCCCCUUUGAGCUGGGGCGGGAGCAGAGGACCCCGCGCUCAGGGGUUGCCAGACAAUGCGUUGGGGGCUGCGCCCUCGCGGGCCGGAGGCGGCCGCCCUGGCCACUGUCCGAAGUUUGUGGGGGACGCCCCGCCUUCCCUGCAGCCCUGGAUGGCAAGGGGCGACGAAGAGACUUCUGGUGCGGUCGGUCUCCGGGGCCAGUAACCACCAGCCGAACUCGAAUACUGGCAGAUACCGGGACACGGUGCUGCUGCCGCGGACCAGCUUCCCCAUGAAGCUGCUGGGCCGCCAGCAGCCGGACAAGGAGCUGGAGAUCCAGCAGAAAUGUGGAUUUUCAGAACUUUAUUCAUGGCAAAGAGAAAGAAAAGUAAAGACAGAAUUUUGCCUUCAUGAUGGACCUCCUUAUGCAAAUGGUGACCCUCAUGUUGGACAUGCUUUAAAUAAGAUUUUGAAAGACAUAGCCAAUCGAUUCCAUAUGAUGAGUGGCUCCAAAGUACAUUUUGUGCCCGGCUGGGAUUGUCAUGGGUUGCCCAUUGAAAUAAAAGUAUUAUCAGAACUUGGUAGAGAAGCUCAGAAUCUUUCAGCUAUGGAAAUUAGAGAGAAAGCUAGAUCAUUUGCUAAAGCAGCCAUUGAGAAACAGAAAUCAGCAUUUAUUCGUUGGGGAAUAAUGGCAGAUUGGAAUAAUUGCUACUAUACAUUUGAUGGAAAGUAUGAAGCCAAACAGUUGAGAACUUUUUACCAAAUGUAUGAUAAGGGCUUGGUUUAUCGAUCUUACAAACCUGUGUUUUGGUCUCCCUCAUCUAGGACUGCAUUGGCUGAAGCAGAACUUGAGUAUAAUCCUGAGCAUGUCAGUCGUUCAAUAUAUGUAAAAUUUCCUCUCUUGAAACCUUCUCCUAAAUUGGCAUCUCUUAUAGAUGGUUCAUCUCCUGUUAGUUUUUUGGUCUGGACCACACAACCUUGGACGAUUCCAGCCAAUGAAGCUGUUUGCUAUAUGCCUGAAUCAAAGUAUGCUGUUGUGAAAUGUUCUAAGUCUGGAGACCUCUACGUACUGGCUGCAGAUAAAGUAGAAACUGUUGCUUCUACUUUGGAAACAGCAUUUGAGACUAUUUCAACAUUUUCAGGUGUAGAUUUGGAAAAUGGUACUUGUAGUCAUCCGUUAAUUCCUGAUAAAGCCUCUCCUCUUUUACCUGCAAAUCAUGUGACCAUGGCAAAAGGAACAGGAUUGGUUCACACAGCCCCAGCUCAUGGUAUGGAAGAUUACGGUGUAGCGUCUCAGCACAACCUGCCCAUGGAUUGCUUAGUGGAUGAAGAUGGAGUUUUCACAGAUGUUGCAGGUCCUGAACUUCAAAACAAGGCUGUCCUUGAAGAGGGAACUGAUGUGGUUAUAAAGAUGCUUCAGACUGCAAAGAAUUUGUUGAAAGAAGAAAAAUUGGUGCACAGCUAUCCCUAUGACUGGAGGACCAAGAAACCCGUGGUUAUUCGUGCCAGCAAGCAGUGGUUUAUAAACAUUGCAGAUAUUAAGAUUGCAGCCAAGGAAUUGUUAAAAAAGGUGAAAUUUAUUCCUGGAUCAGCACUGAAUGGCAUGGUUGAAAUGAUGGACAGGCGGCCAUAUUGGUGUAUAUCAAGGCAAAGAGUUUGGGGUGUUCCAAUUCCUGUGUUUCAUCAUAAGACAAAGGAUGAAUACUUGAUCAACAGCCAAACCAUUGAGCAUAUUGUUAAACUAGUGGAACAGCACGGCAGUGAUGUCUGGUGGACUCUUCCCCCUGAGCAACUUCUUCCAAAAGAAGUCUUAUCUGAGGUUGGUGGCCCUGAUGCCUUGGAAUAUGUUCCAGGUCAGGAUAUUUUGGACAUCUGGUUUGAUAGUGGAACUUCAUGGUCUCAUGUUCUUCCAGGUCCUGACCAAAGAGCAGAUUUGUACUUGGAAGGAAAAGACCAGCUCGGGGGUUGGUUUCAGUCAUCCUUAUUAACAAGUGUGGCCACAAGGAAGAAAGCACCUUAUAAGACAGUGAUUGUUCAUGGAUUUACCCUUGGAGAAAAGGGAGAAAAGAUGUCUAAGUCUCUUGGGAAUGUCAUUCAUCCUGAUGUUGUCGUUAAUGGAGGACAAGAUCAAAGCAAAGAGCCUCCCUAUGGCGCUGAUGUCCUUCGCUGGUGGGUAGCUGAUUCCAAUGUCUUCACCGAAGUUGCAAUCGGCCCAUCCGUGCUCAAUGCUGCCAGAGAUGAUAUUAGCAAGCUUAGGAAUACACUCCGCUUUCUUUUGGGAAAUGUGGCUGAUUUCAACCCAGAAACAGAUUCCAUCCCUGUUAACGAUAUGUAUGUCAUAGACCAGUAUAUGCUACAUUUACUGCAGGAUUUGGCAAACAAGAUUACCGAAUUAUACAAACAAUAUGAUUUUGGAAAAGUUGUUCGGCUGUUACGGACAUUUUAUACCAGAGAGCUCUCUCACUUUUAUUUCAGUAUAAUCAAAGAUAGGCUCUAUUGUGAAAAGGAAAAUGACCCCAGACGACGCUCUUGUCAGACUGCAUUAGUUGAAAUUUUGGAUGUAAUAGUUCGUUCUUUUGCUCCCAUUCUUCCUCACCUGGCUGAAGAGGUGUUCCAGCACAUACCUUAUAUUAAAGAGCCCAAGAGUGUUUUCCGUACUGGGUGGAUUAGUACUAGUUCUAUCUGGAAGAAGCCCGGGUUGGAAGAAGCUGUGGAGAGUGCGUGUGCAAUGCGAGAUUCAUUUCUCAGAAGCAUCCCUGGCAAAAAUGCAGCUGAGUACAAGGUUAUCAUAGUGAUAGAACCUGGACUGCUUUUCGAGAUAAUAGAGAUGCUGCAGUCUGAAGAGACUUCCAGCACCUCUCAGUUGAAUGAAUUAAUGAUGGCUUCUGAGUCAACUUUACUGGCUCAGGAACCACGAGAGAUGACUGCAGAUGUAAUUGAGCUUAAAGGGAAAUUCCUCAUCAACUUAGAAGGUGGUGAUAUUCGUGAAGAGUCUUCCUAUAAAGUAAUUGUCAUGCCGACUACGAAAGAAAAAUGCCCUCGUUGUUGGAAGUAUACAGCGGAGUCUUCAGAUACACUCUGUCCUCGAUGUGCAGAAGUUGUCAGUGGAAAAUAGUAUUAACAGCUCACUUGAGCAAGAACCCUCCUGACAGGACUGGCUAGAAGUUUAGAUGGAUUAUUUACAAUAUUGGAAAGAAAGCCAAGAUUUAGGUAAUGAGUGGAUGAGUAAAUGGUGGAGGAUGGUCAAAAUCAGAAUUAUAAAAGAAGUAUUUCCUGUAACUAUAGAAAGAAUUAUGUAUAUAUAUAUGCAGAAAUAUAUAUAUGUGUGUGUGUAUCUGUGGAUGGAUAUAUAUAUAUCUUCCUAUAUAUAUCCAUAAUGGACUUAUUCAGAACAUAGAUAUGUAUUCAGCUUGUCUUCAAAUAUGGCCGAGCAGAAAAUGUUUUAUAUUUUAUAAAUCUUUUGACUCAGUAUUUAAAUUCUAUCACACUGAAAAUAAAGGCAUUCUGGAAAAGUACUGACUGAUGUUGGUGCAGAAGUUGUCAAUGGCAAGUAAAAGAAGUAGAGUUUUGAAAGGGAAUGGCGAAGGCGUGUUUCCCUUAAGAGAUGAAGGGUCAUAUCAUUCUUCCUGUUAGUGAACAUCAACCUUUUCAGAAUAGCUAGUUUUUGGGGUUGGAUUAGAAAGAAAAUAAUCACCACAUAUGUUACUCAAGAGAGGAAGAAAUCUCUUAAUACUUAUGAAUGUUUAGGAAACAACAUGAAAGCUGAAAAUUUAUUUCACUAAUAUACAUAAGUUCACAACAAUGGACAGAAAAUAGCAAUAUAUACAGAAUUUCACUACUUACAGUACAUUACAAUAGAGAAAGCAUUUUAUAAACAAUUCAGUAUUGGAUUAAAAUCUUUUAAGGAUGCCUAAUUCUAUUCAGCAGGAAUCUAACUUGGUAGACACCCAGCAAACCCAUUCCUAUCAGGGUGAGAGGGCUUUCGCUGUUGCUAUAGUGUACUGUAAAAAUAUUUGUCCCUUAUAAAUGAAAUGGACCACAGCAACUUCUGAAUGAACAUUACAUUCAGUGUAAGUCUCAUAUUAUUAAAUUUCAGAUUUUUGACUUUAGAUCGCAAUUGUUUUUAAAAAGCAAUUUAAAUGUAACAGUGUUUACUUUGACCCACAGACGAAUUUUUAUAAUAAAGUUAAAACUUUUUUUCUGUUUGCAAAAGUAUGACGCAUUUAGAAGCAUGGUGCUAUAUAUCUCUUUAUCUACAUUUACCCUGGCCCCUCUAGUUCUACAUCUAAACAGAACCUGUAAUGUAGAAGUUAUGAUUAUUUGAACACUUUGUUUUCCUUCAGCUUUAUAUAAUUAAUAAGAUAAAAAUGCAUAUUUAACAUUAAUGGAGAAAGUUGUGUGAGGGUGGGCAUAUAUCUAGGGAAACACUACUGGUUAUUGGCGUCUCAUCAAUAACUACAAUAAGUGCCACACACCUUUGUUUCAGAAACCACCUGUUCUACAUUAAAAUCUAAUUCCUUUAUCA